AUGAUCUUGAAACUUGAGAUGUUUCAUAGAAUAAUAAAUCUACGAACUAUUACAAUCAUAAAACGCACCACAGAACACCUUUAUGUUAACACAAGGGCAAAGGUAGAUCAAAGGUCAGUGAAUAUUAACUCCCGUCCUAAUUUUCCAAGCGCCAAAAUACAAAUACAUAUGAUCUAUAUCCAUCUAACCAUUCUCUCCACACACUUGCUGCCUCCUGUUAUUGAACCGCAGAUUCCUGUCUUCUUCCCAGACGGGAGAGCGAGCCGGCUGGACACGAUCACCCUGCAGGGCUUCUCCAUUCCGGUGGUGACCCCGAUCGGCCCCGCCCCGACCUUGCCUGGCAACGCCUCCCGUGACCUUUGGGCCGAGGUCAAAGGCUUCCGGUCGGAGAGCAGCCUCCCUGAAGGAUAUCCUCUGAUGUGUGGCCAGUACGAAAUAAAGGCAGGAGAGGAAAUCACACUCCAGUCACCUUACUUUCCUAGCAAAUAUACUUCGUUCAGUUGCAUCUGGGUCUUCAGGUCCACAUCAGGAAAAGGAUUCAUGCUGAACUGCCCGGAAUUCAUGCUUGGGAGAGGAGACAGGUUCACCACAGUCACACUCAACCAGAAGAAUACCUUUAAAAAGUACGUGUGGGGGAAGGGCCCUACUGACCAGCUGUUGGCAGGACCCGAAGUUAAGGUGGUGUUCCGAGCCAACAGGUGGAAGAACGCCAAAGGAUUCUCGUGCUCCCUCAAGGACCUCGGAGCAGCAGCAACUACUACAACAACGUCGACAACAACUACAAGAACAACUCAGCAUGAGACAAAACCCACAACAGCAAGUCCAAUAACGUCCACCACAACCCCCGCAGCCGCCCCUACCACAACAACCACAGUUACUACUCGCACCACGGCCGCCCCUACCACAACUACCACAGUCACUACUCGCACCACGGCCGCCCCUACCACAACCACCACACUACUCGCACCACGGCCGCCCUACCACAACUACCACAGUCACUACUCGCACCACGGCGCCCCCCUACCACAACCACCACAGCGCCGCCAACAACCUCGCUCCCCCUCUCUCCUCUCCCGAGUGUGGCCUCGUCAACAGGGCUUCGUCCCGCAUCGUAAAUGGUUUCAUUGCAGACGUCCACGAGUACCCGUGGCAGACAUACCUGGAGAUGCGUUGGUCAGAUGGUCAGAAUCAGCUGUGCGGAGGCAGUCUUAUAACGCAGGAAUGGGUCCUCACCGCAGCCCAUUGUGUCCUCAGGAAGAAGAACGACGAACUCUGGAUGCCCUCAGUCAAGGUCACCCUCGGCAUGCACAAGAGGUCGGCACCCCUGGCAGACGGCGGGCAGACAGUCACGGCCGCGGAGGUCAAGAUUUACCCGGAAAAUAAUUUCUCUCACGAUCUCGCUCUUAUCAAGCUUCCUGAACCGGCGAAAUACACAGAGAAAGUGCGUCCCGUGUGCCUCCCGAACAGGGCCAUGCACGGGAGAAACGUCACAGGAGUUAGCAUGGCUCUGAU